AUGGACGAAACGAAUGAAGUUGAAACACUCCUUCGGAGGAGUUUAAGCAAAAAUGACAAUGAAGAAAACAUCGCCAAAUUUAUUAAUUCAUUCAAAACGUCAUCACAUUUCAAAUCACAUCGGCAAGUAGCGGAACGAGUGUGCAAAUAUAUUGAGUCUCACAACGCCACGAAAACUGUAUUAGAAAAAAUCUAUUCUCAAAUCCCACAAUUUGUAAUAGCGCUUGAAAAACAUUUUUUGGAACACCCGUCACAUGGUACCGUCACGGUUACCUUUCAAUGCCCCUUUUACUUUGUCUUUGACACAAUUGACACUCGCGACGUUGUCGCGUUCAUAAGUGGGUGCCUUCGUGUAUCUGCGAAUUUGUUGUCGAAGCACUUCUAUAAGCUCCGCGGCCCAUUUUUUGAGCUCUUACGAACUUUCCUCCAGUAUGAUUGCUGUCGGACUCCAUUUAUAUCCGAGUGUGUCUCCGAUAUCUUUGACACGAUCGGUGUCAGUCAAGUAGUAAUGAAUACCUCCUUUUUCAAAGUCUUUGCUGAGUGGCUCUUUUUGAACCGGGAUGGACUAUUGAGGAAUUCCGUCAAGCGUGUAUUAGAGGCGACGCCGCUUGAGACUGUGUUUAUAUCGAGGGAUGUUGUAUUGAGAGGGAUAUACCCAGGCCUCUCUCCGGAGAUGUUCCACCUGAUGGUGAGCCUAUUAAGUGCGAAGCAGUUGAGUUCCAACAAUGAAAAGUUUGAGACCUGGAAAAGACGGCCAACCGAUUUCUUUGAACUCUUUGCGAAAAGUCUUUGUAUUGGAAAUAAAGAAGACGUCAUAUGGUUGUUGCGAAGUCUCGGGAGUGACGACGGCGCCGACGAUUUUUUACUUACAGUUAUAACGGACGUUUUUCGCGAGAUGAAGAACAACGCAAAUUUCUCGACGGCGCGGAUCGUCGAGAAUUGUUUUGCUGUAUUAGUCUUCUUAAAUGAGAACACACAGAAGUACGAGAAAGCCCUUGCGGAAGGCGUGGUGUUCCUCCGCGAUACUAUUAAAGAGACGAUAUCAUCAUUAGUCAAAAACACGAAGCGUCGAGAUGGGGUUGAGUUCUUCAAAUCACUGCAGUACAUCUUUGUGGAGAUGGCGAGCGACGACAAAAUCACUUUCGACGACGACAACAUCUUUUUUACGACGAUUUAUGAACAGUUGAAAACACUUCUGUAUAUGUACAUAGCUAAUCCGAAGGGCAACAAAGAGGAGAUCGACUACUUGUUAAGCUGUCUGUAUAUAGGACACACAACGGUCUCGAGAAAGGUCAGCGAGUUUGUGAUGUCGUGCGACAAGAACGACGUUAUCAUGAAAAGCUUCAUCUCGCACUUCCCGCAGUUCAUCCCAUAUAAUCUGGAGAAGUCCAGAAAGUACUUUACAAACGUGUAUACCAGUCUAUUGGCGUUGAAUAUCCAACAAGACCAAUUUCUGGUACUUGGAGAGGUGUUCUGCUAUUUGUCGCAAUGCUUCUGUAAUAAAGAAAUGCGACGAGAUAAGGUGGGUGGUACAAACGAUUUGAUUGAAGGAAAGAAAGAAGGGGAGUGUGACUGCCGAGUCAGAUGUCCACUGUGUGACUAUGAAAAGAGAGAUAGGUCUGUUGUAAUGAUUAUACCAACAGACUUUGUGGUGGAUGGAACACUGAAAACGAUGGAACAGAUGACAAGUAACUGCUUUCAAAGGGACAGUCUCUUUUUUUGUCAUCGAAAUAAACUAUGUCUGUCAUUCGCGAGACUUGUUGCCCACAUUAAAAUGGGAGCAAAGGAAAAGGUGGAGACUUUCAUAACAUUGGUUACCAAUCUGAAGAACGUGGAAUACACAAAUGAAUGCGUCAAAACCCUUCGAAUCAUAUUUAGAUUUACGGCAAUAGUAUCUGUGAAUUUGGACAAUACCAAUCCAUUGUGGUAUUAUACAAUUAUUGUACAAAAGCUCUUUGACAAGGAGGAUGUGAGAGAUCGACUUGUGAUAUAUCGUAUCAUUUUAGAAUUAAUAGGGGAGUUUGGUUCAGUCGAGAUAGGGAUCAUCAUUGAGCAUUUAUUGCAAGACAAAAUGUUCUUUGAGAACAGUGUGGUUCGUGCGCGAGUGCUUGAAGUUCUCAAGAAAUGUGCUGCAAAGGAACAUGCCAAGACGGUUGAAGAACUCUUCAAUUUACAUCGGGAAUUGGACAAGACGUUAUUCAUCAUGUCGAGAAGACCAUAUCGUGACAUCUUCGAGAAGUACUUCAUUGAAGAGAGAGGUGGGGGCUUCGAAAAGUUCAUUGAAAUGAGGAAGGAGAGUGUAUUGCCCAAACUUGUCUAUGAAGAUCUCUCGAAGACAAAAGAGAUGGAAGAUAGUUACUCUAUAGACAUCCGUGAAGUCACGCGAAUCGACUGUUUUACUACCUACAAGAACUUUAUUAACAUCAGGCUGCAGAUCUAUUUCAAAGUCUUUCAUGACUGGGUAUCGAAGAAUGCAAUUGACAAAUUAGAGAAUGUGUUGCGGGAAUAUUCGAGUCUCUUUUCUUCUUUAGGCCAAGCCGCGCAGGCACAAAUAGUGGAGUUGUUAAAGAAUGACAAAUCGAGCAUUUUUGAACACUUUUUAUUGCGAACGAAUUCGUCGCUGUUUCCACAGACCAAAAUAGUACUUGAAAAGGUGUAUCAAAGUCUCUUGCCGGAAUUGAAUAGCGAAAUUAAGAACACUCCAAUUGGCCCACUGGAGUACGUCAGUACAAAGUAUAGUCUUCUCUUUGUGAAUCGCGUCCGUUCUGUCUUGGGGAUAGCGCCGGUCUCAGAGAACGUGUUUGGGUGGAACGAUGGGUUUAACGCAGUGAAACGAUUUUUGGAAUUGAAUGGAGACGUCACGCGGAUACGGUACAUGAUACUGAAGAUCAUCCGACAGUUCACGGAGAGAGUGUUGAAUGAGAAUGGGAACAACAGUCGAUAUGUCGAUAUUCUCCAUAUGUUGCGGCGGAUGUGUAUCUUCAAAACGUGUCCAGAGAUAGCUGUGGAGAUUGCAUUAGAGACGCUUGAGAUAUUUAACAAGAACAAGCAGAGUGAAGAUGUCAUUACAAUAGUGUGUGAGAUCUUGAAUGACCUUCAAACGUGUAGUAAAGAGAUAGUUGGUAUUCUCCCGAAUUUUGGCGUUGUUGGGAACACCGAAUUUCUGUUUGAAGAGAACGCGGUGAAGUUCAAGACGAUUCUUAGUGUGUUAAAAGAGUCGAAGUCGAGUAAGACAAAGGUCUAUUUGUUGCAUAAGGUGUAUCUCUUUUUAGAGCAAAAUGAGAGCAACAUCUUAGCGUCUUCGUAUCGCGUCGAAGAGCUGAACAAAAUCAUCAAUUUGUUGUAUCACAUCAGUCGUGGGAAGAAAGAGAUGGAACAUGAAGUCGGCAAAAUCUUUGGAUUAAUUGGGGCAAUCCCGCCCGGGAAAAUCCGGAUCGAGCCCCUCGACAACUUUGAGAAGAUGAUCAAUGCUCGGAAGAAGGAUAUAGUUAAUGAACUAUUAGGGAAUUAUUUAUUACGUGAAUUGAUGGAGAGAGGGGGGAGUGAGACGUUGUUAUAUGUGAUCAUGGGAUUAGUGAAAAUGGCUGAGAAGAUGGAAGAUAUUCCGAAUCGGAAGAACUUGAUAGUGACCAAUUUGACACAAGAACAGAAUGAUAUUGUCCAAUUGAUUAACAACUCGUAUAUGUCAAUUAACACGACGGCGGAUGUGAAAAUUGGGUUUCCCCCAGAGCAAUUUCUGGACAACAAAAGUACAAUGAGGUACUACGAGUGGGUUCUGUCGAUACUCUCUGAGAUCAUUCGACGUCUUAGAAGUGAAAAGGUGAGAAGUGAUGAAGCUGAUAUCUUUGAGUAUUCCUUGUGGAUUGUCAAAGAACCAAAAUUUGCGUGUCAGUUCAAAUUGAUUCGAUACAUCUUCCCAUUAGCACUCUUAAACAUGAUCGUGUCGUGUUCCUUGGAAACCAAAAAUUUGUUCUUGAAAGAGAUUAAUCGAGUCUUGGAAAUCAUCGGGGAGAGGGGAAAUGAGACGGAAACGAAUAUCGACGAGGUCUUUGCAGCACAACUGAUCUUCGAGUCGAUCGACUUUAUGAAUUUGCUUGACGACAAAACACUCACGAAGUUCAUAUCGGAGAUCGACAAGGGGUAUUUAGUCAAUUCGGCGAUACGCGUGCAUUCGUAUGAGCGCGCGUAUGUCCUCCUUGACAAUCAUAUAAAGGAAAAUGAAAUUAAUGGGAGUGGCGAACCGCGCGCCUCGUUGUCGAAGAUCGAGAAUGGGAUAUCGAAAGAGGAAGUAGGGAAGAUGUGCUUAGUUUCUUAUAGACUAGGGAAGUUCCAAGAAGCGGAGUAUUGGAAGAGAGAGUCGCUCAAUUGGAUAUCCGUUGACCAACGCCCUGUCGAUGUGAGGUGUGACGAGAAUAAUAUUGACUUUCCGAUGGAGUGUACGGAGAGUGAAUUGACGUUGCGGCGAGUCGUGAGGAGUGGGAUGAAUAGUGUUACACCGAUUAAGAUGAAAACGAUUGAAGAAGAGAAUUGGAAGAGUCUUGAGUUUCAAGACAUAGGAAAGUUGUUGGUUCAAUACGACGAGAAUGCAUUUAAAGAACUGAGUGACACGUUGUCGGAGAGGUUGUUUGAAGAGCUUGCGAGUUCAUAUGAAAGUGCGUAUGAGACUUUAAAGAAGCUACAUAUCUUGUAUGAUAUUCAAUACUUCAACUGUGUCAAUGUCAACAACAGUAGUAACACUAUAAAUACUCUGAAUUCAAUGAAAAGUAAUAUCAGCAAUACACAGAACACAUUUGCGAGAGUGAAACCAACACCAAAAUAUGAUGAAGAUAUCAAAGUCAAUUACUUGUAUUUGGAAAAGCGUCUUGAGAUGUUUGGGAAGUCACUGAAGAACGCGGAGACGAUACUCUUAGUGCACGGAGGUCUGUUACUGAAAGAACUCCCUGUUAAAACACACUUUUUCACACAAACCCUCGCACUAUCACUCAACGAAAAAGACCAAAGGUGCAAGCAAACGAUCUUAAAUGUGUGUUUGAAGCUCAGUAAAUUGGCACUUCACGACAAGAAAUUUGAGAAAGCUCGACAGUACUGUUACACUGCAGGUAAAAUGGCGAGGGAGGAGUCAUGUUCGCCACAAAAGUUUUGGGUGUGGAUGACGCAGUGUAUCAUCGACCACAAGCAGAACCCGAGUUUUGGGACGAUCAAGACUCUUGAAUUUUUGUAUCACAAAAUAGUUUCUUCGAAUGUCAAAGAUGACGAAUUGAAGUCACGGAUAGCGUUGAAAUUGGCGAUGUUGAUGGAGGAGAACCACAUGUGUCGGGAAGAUGUCAUUCAGUGGUAUAAGAAAGCUGUCGGAGACCGGGUCGAGCCGUUUGGGAUCUUACGGUCGAACCAAUUGAUGACAAAAGGGUUUUAUCGGUAUGGGAGGUAUUUAGAUGACACGCGCAAAGAGAAUGAGGAGAGUUUUGAAGUGUUGCGGUGUUAUGUAUUUUCAUUAGAGAAUGGGUUUAAGUUCCAUUAUGAAAUAGUACCGAGGAUAUUAGUGUUAGCGAAGGAGUGUGUGGGGAAGCGUGACUCGAAAUUAGUGAAUCGCUUUAUGUAUAAGAUCGUUGAUGAAUUUCCGCGAUAUAUUUGGUACCCUUUUCUGCCACAAAUUAUUACACAAAUGCAGUCGAGUUCAUUCAAAGAAUCGUUUAUACGGAAGAUAUUAGUUGAGACAUUAGCGAAAUAUCCCGAUCAAGUGUGUUGGCAUAUGGUAUAUUGGUGGAUGGAGAAUAACGAGAAUGCGAGUGUAGUCUUAAAAGAGGCGAAAGAUAUUAAUGCGAAUGUGAAACGGAUAGCGAAUGAGAUGAAACUGUUCUGUUCGUACCUCUCUGAAUUUUCUUCUGAUAAGACGACGCACGGGAAACUAGAGAUGUUGUCUGCGAAGAACACACACGUCUAUUCGCGAGUUAAAGAUCUGUUCACGACGAAUUGGAAGAACUUAAUAGUACCGAUACAGAAGAGUAUGACGAUUAAAGUCCCCAAUUCAUACAUCGAAAGUGACUUCUCGCCGUUUGAAAUGAAUCCGCCAAAGAUCAAAAGUAUCAACAAUUAUUACAACGUAUUCGCUUCAUUACAGAAACCAAAGAAGAUCAAUAUCCUCACAUACAACGAAAACGUUUCAUUCAAUUUCAUAUUAAAGUCGGACGACGAUAUUCAAAAGGAUAAAAUGGUCGAGGAACUCUUCGGAGCACUCAAUCACUUGUUUGAAACAUCCCCACAGACGUCGAUGUUUGGCGUCAGUGUGCGGACGUAUUGUGUCUUCCCUAUCGCGAACUGCACGGGCCUCCUCGAGUUCGUGUCAAACACAAUUCCUAUUAAGAAAUUCAUUGCAAAUCGCCUCCCGACGUCAAGUGACGUGAAGGCAAUGACCGACAAACGACUGACAAAGGAAGCGAAAAUCAGAGAGUUCAAGAGGUAUACAUUAAAGCACAGCGGAGUGUUAUAUGACAAAUUUAAUGAAUGCUUUAAAACACCCCACGCACAGACGGAGGCUCGGUGUAACUAUAUUAAGACCACUGCGGUGAAUUCGAUGGUCGGCGCGUUGAUUGGGAUAGGCGAUCGACACUUGGAGAACAUUUUAUUAGAUACUAAAGAGGGGGGAGUCGUUCAUAUUGAUUUUGAUGCCAUUUUCUUUAAAGGAUUAUUAAUGAAUGUGCCUGAAAUAGUCCCAUUCCGAUUCACAUUGAACAUCAGAGAUUGUCUUGGUGCUACGAAAGAUGAGGGGCUCUUCUUAGAUGUGUGUACUGCAGCUCUAAGUGUGUUCAGACACCAUAAAGACGUUGUUAUGACAUUUGUGGAAAUCUUGUGGAACUAUAUGAAGGGGAAGAAAUCAUCAAGAGACGCUGUCGUGUUGGGGAAGAGCGAUAUCCAAUUAAACCCAAUGGAAAAUGUUAACAACUUUCUGGAAGGAAGAGUAGACGGAAUGGUACUCUCUGAAAGAUCACAAGCUCAGUACUUGAUUAAACAGGCGAAGUCCGAUGAGAAUUUGGGGGUCAUGUAUGAAGGAUGGUGCCCUUGGGUGUGA